CGCCGCCAUCUCGACCUCACUAUUCCAUGCACCAACCACUUGCUUGCUGAGUUUCUUCGCUUCUGGAGAUCCAAAAUGACUGUCGUGCUGUCACAGGACAUCUCGACCUGUAGGAAUAUGCACUCUUUGCCCGUAACGGAUUUCCGACUGGUCGACCUGGAUCCAGGACUCUACCGCCGUCAAAUAGAGCACUUUGAGUACUAUUGGGGCCUCGAAAAGGGCCAGGUGGAUUUGGCUUCGUCACUCAAUCAUGUAGAACUCCGCCAAGAUAUGGCGGAGAAGCUGGAGGACUGUGACUGGGUAAUUAUCCCGACGCAAGAGAUUAUUCGAACCGUGCAUGCACUAGCCGAGUACAACAUGACAGCCGGAUUGCGCGCACGUAAGAAUAUUCUGAGGGAACUAGGUCAAGGACCCUUCGAGUAUGAGUUCGUGCCUCUAUAUCUCCUCCAACGUCGGCCGCAACUCUUCGUCGACGACGGCUCGAGGAUCAAGGCCAAACGCGCGCCGUACAAGGCCAUGCCUUGCCUCAGGUCUCUAGCGCAUCCGCUCUUCGUUAUCUGGUUUGCUAGUAUGCAGCUGGACUCGUGCGCUGCGCUCGUUAUGGAGGAAGAUAGAGCUCGUGCUCUCAUGGACUCCGUCGGCAAUAUCGUGAUGUGUUGGCUUGAGGAGCCGCCUGAAGAGUUUUUGGUCGGCCAGGACGUGUGGCGGCAACAUCGGCACCCUCUGAGCGAUGAUGGGCACGAAGCGGUUUUGACUUUGGGCGGCGAAAAUACACGUAGGACGACGCGCGCACUGUGCAAGCAGAGGAAGACCGGCAAGGUCGCUAGACCUUACGCUAGACUCGACCCUCGUUCCCCGAAUCGAAGAUGUGCGCUGCCUCGUCCAGGAACCAGGUCUGACGACGAGCAAGGAUCAACUCAGUACACCUCGAUGGAACAUCGGGCGUGGCUCGAUGGAGUCGCGCGCGAGACGAACAUCGACCCCACGCCCCACAAUUCGCUGUCCACCGAGGAUGAGACACGACAAGAUGUCUUAUUAGCAGGCUACCGAGAAGAGAUUGCGCGCGAUGCUGCCGACGCGCUGAACCCCAGCCAUAGCGUUCUGCUAUCCAGCGGGCUCAUCAUUGGCAACGGCUUGGACUGGUCCGGAUACUCAAGCAACAAUUGGGCGAUGCGCGUGCAUGGCAUUUGCCUGCUGGGGAAAGAGCCUUUUGGUAAAGGCUCA